CCUCUCGCUCCCUCUCUCUCAUCCCUCUCUCUCUUUAGGGGUGGAGCGUUUCAUUUCAUUUCUUCUCAUUUCUUUCUGGUGAAAUCGUCAUCACAUCAGUCUGACAAACACAGAAGUUGCAUGUAAAGCUUUAUUGUUGCUGGAUGAAGUCACGCUAAACACAUACACAUUUCUCCGUUCCGUUUUCGUCCAGCGUGUCUUUAAAACUCGCACAUUUCUCCCGUUUUCUUUUCUUUUUUGGGAGUCGCUUCAUGUCUGUUUGCCAAGAGACAACGUGUCGAGGGAAAUAUUGUCCUGCAAGAGCCAAAGAAAAACUCUGAGGAACUUUAUAUCGGUUGGAGCAGCUUUUCAGUGUUUUAUUUCGGUGUAAUCGUUGAGUUUGGCGUGUUUGGUGGAACGCUCGCCGCUGGCGUCACGAGUUUGGCCCCGCCCCCUCAUCCCUCAUUCCAUAAUUACACGUUCUGAACUUCUCUCUGCAUCCCAACCGGUUCCAGACCAGCAGUCCGGGCUGUUUCGGUAACCAUGGCGACCCGAGGCCACGCCUCCAGCUCGUUAAUGAGCAACCACACGAAGGAGCGAGUGACCAUGGCCAAGGUCACUCUGGAGAACUUCUACAGCAACCUCAUAACCCAACACGAGGAGCGUGAGAUGAGGCAGCAAAAACUAGAGAAGGUGAUGGAUGAGGAGGGACUGCCUGAUGAAGAGAAGCGUGUGCGGCGCUCCCAACACGCUCGUAAAGAGACCGAGUUCCUCCGUCUGAAGAGAACUAGACUGGGUCUGGACGACUUCGAGUCUCUGAAGGUGAUUGGACGAGGAGCGUUCGGAGAGGUGCGUCUAGUUCAGAAGAAAGACACCGGUCACGUUUACGCCAUGAAGAUCCUUCGCAAAGCCGACAUGCUGCAGAAAGAGCAGGUGGGUCAUAUCCGGGCGGAGCGGGACAUCUUGGUUCAGGCAGACAGUCUGUGGGUGGUGAAAAUGUUCUACAGUUUUCAGGAUAAACUGAAUCUUUACUUACUCAUGGAGUUCCUGCCGGGAGGUGACAUGAUGACGCUGCUGAUGAAGAAAGACACCCUGACGGAGGAGGAGACGCAGUUCUACGUGGCCGAGACGGUUCUGGCCAUCGACUUCAUCCAUCAGCUGGGCUUCAUUCACCGAGACAUCAAACCAGACAACCUGCUGCUGGACUCCAAGGGUCAUGUCAAGCUGUCUGAUUUCGGCUUGUGCACGGGCCUCAAAAAAGCGCAUCGGACCGAGUUUUACCGCAACCUGAACCACAGCCAAUCAAACGACCUCACGUUUCAGCAUAUGAACUCCAAGAGGAAGGCGGAGACGUGGAAGAGAAACAGGAGGCAGCUGGCCUUCUCCACCGUGGGAACGCCGGACUACAUCGCUCCCGAGGUCUUCAUGCAGACCGGAUACAACAAGCUCUGCGAUUGGUGGAGCCUGGGCGUCAUCAUGUACGAGAUGCUGAUUGGCUACCCUCCGUUCUGCUCAGAAACUCCUCAGGAGACCUAUAAGAAGGUGAUGAGCUGGAAGGAGACGCUGGUGUUUCCUCCGGAGGUGCCGAUCUCGGAGCGAGCCAAAGAGCUGAUCCUGCGCUUCUGCUGCGAGGCCGAUCAUCGCAUCGGCGCGGCCGGCGUGGACGAGAUCAAGAGGAACGGCUUCUUCGAGGGCGUCGAUUACGAUCACAUCAGAGAGAGACCUGCGGCGAUCCCCAUCGAGAUCAAAAGCAUCGACGACACGUCAAACUUCGACGAGUUUCCGGAGUCUGACAUCCUGCAGCCGACAAGUCCGGCGGUGGCGAGCAACCAUCACCCGGAGUCGGACUAUAAGAAUAAGGACUGGGUUUUCAUCAACUACACAUACAAGCGCUUCGAGGGUCUGACGGCCAGAGGAGCCAUACCGUCCUACAUGAAGAGCGGGAAAAGAUGAAUACUGGAGCGGACGGCAGGUAUUCAGGGCCGUGUGGAAAGAAAACCGGAAGUUUUAGUCCAUCUACCGAAAACACUACCAAAGAAAACAUUUCCAUAUCCAGUCUUGUCCGUAGAAAAACACUUUUACAACGCUGGAUAUUUCAACUGCUUUUUAUUUAUGCUUUUCUGCUCAUCAGGAUUUAAUUUUUAUGCUGGAAAUCUUUAUUUUGUCGGUAAGUUUUAGCAGAUCUAAUACCAAAAACACUUCAUUUGUAGCUCUGAAGUGCUGUGGGUAUUUAAAGCUUUAUAUAAAAUAUAUAUAUUACAUACACACACACACACACGAUUCUACAGAACUGGUUCAAAGUCAAAGCUGGAAACGUCUUGGAAAAAAAUGUCGUUUUCCACAAAUUUUGUAUGUAUGCAAAUUGUAUAAUAUCCAAGGUACACAUUUCUAGUAAUUGUACAGUUAAUUCUCAUAUUGUAUUUUCAGAAAGUUUUGGAAUAUUUUUCAUCUCCCCAAAUUUGUCACUACCGAAACACAAUAAUAAUUAAUUUAUUAAGAAGAGUCACAUUGACCUGUUAAGAUUCUGUUAACAUCUACCUUGUGAAUAUAUUUUUUGCUAUUUUUUUUUUUUUUAAAUGUUUUCACAGGUAAAUCAAAAACAAUUACAAUUUUAACAAUAUUUCAAGUGUAAUUUAUGAGAUUUGUUGUAUUUUGAAUCCAGUCUUUCUUUGUAAAAGGCAUAAAGUUUAUCAUACUGAUUUCAAAGUGAAGGAUUCAUUAGUUUGAAUAAACAUUGAACCAAACACUAUAAUAACAUCUUAGUUGAUAAUACUUUAUUUUUGACAAAACAUCCCAUGUUUCGGUCGUGACUGCACAUUUUCGGUAGUGACAGUAUGUGUUGGUAGUGACCACAUCACAUGACACAAUUUAACUCACAUACUAAAACAAAUAUCAUUUUCACAAGUUGAAAUUUAGGAGUUAGGGAUCGGGACAAACACCUGUCAAUUGAAAGUACCCAAUAAAUGAUGAUUUUAUAUAUAUUAAUCUUACUGAUAUUUUAAAUAUUAUUGCGGAAUUCAGUAGAUAAUAGGAGGAUCUUAGUAAACGUCCAAGGUUUGAAUACUUAAAUGCUUUUUAAAUGUAUUUCUUGGUUACAGGACAGCAGUUUACACCAAUUCUGUAGAAUGGCCGAUAUAGUGCCUUAUAACAUCAUAUAGUGAUGAUAAAUCACUUUAUCAUACAGUUUAUUUUGAAUUAUAAUGACAAAUUAUGGGUGCAGCCCCAUUGAUGCAGUAGUAUUAAUAUGAUAUUGAUGCAUGUGAACGCAGGUGUUUGAAGCUUUCUGACGUUCAUUGCUGUAUUUGUAUAUACAUUAGGUUUGACUGGUGCUGAUUUGACUGUCAAAGGUACGAUGGGAGGGUCACAUGGUAUGGCGCCUUCAUAAGCUUUGAGCGAAUGGAUGUACUGGUGUCGGUACGGUUGAUUUUAUGUGCGCAGAUGUGUCACACAGGCUGUAGAAGCUUUAAAUUCAACGGUAGAUUCUUGGAAAAUAUUUCCAGAUUUUUUUUCAUUUUUUUUUUUUCAAUUUUCUAGCAUGCAGUGCAUCAUUAAAUAUUUUUAUAUUGAUAUUUAACCGUCUUUAUUUGUAUCUGCAGCUGUAGUUUGUAAAGACAGACGUGUGUGUGUGUGUGUGUUUAUAUCUUCAGUAUCAGUAUCUUCUCUUCAUGUCCAGAAACUCAUUUAAAGUUUAUAAAUAUAUACAAUAAAAAUGUUACAUGCUUUUUGA